AUGGAAAAUGAUAAUACAAACGCAAGUUUUUCAUUCGAUAUGCUUGAUAUUAUGAUGAUUAGCAACAAUGAUGGAUGUGCAAAAAGAGAUGAGAAAAUAAUUUGGAGGAAUAAUGAUAAAAAUGAUGAAAGAAUAAAUCAGAGGGAUAAUAUAAAGAAAAAUACAUUAGAUGAAAUAGAGGAUAGAACACCUUUCUUCGUUUCACAAGAUAAUAAUGAAAUACCGAGUAGAAGAAGACAAAAGAGCAAAACUCCUAAUAUGAAAAAAAUACGAAAAAACAAGGCAAUAAAUGAAUCUAAAAAGAAUGAUGAUAUGUUGUUUCUUGAGGACAUAUUUAAUGAUAACAAAAGAGAUAAAUUGCACAAACGGGAAAAAAAGAAAAAGAGAAAAGCUGAAAGUGUUUCUAAUAGUAAUAUAUCCAUAAAUAGUUAUUUGGACAUUUUCCCAUCUCCAGAAGAUCUAAAUGAGGCGCUGCUACCAAAUGAAUUGACAGACAGUAGUAUUUCAAAAAAAAAAAAGACCUUAAAACAUAGUGGACUGGUAAAUGAUACAAAGGAGUUGAGUUCACAUGUUAGUAUUGAGAACACAGAAAAUAGUACAAAUUGUAAUAAUAUCUAUUUAAACAAAGUUAAUGUUAAUGAAAAUAUUAAUUUUAUUCAUACUGAUAAUAUUGAUGAGAAAUUAGCCAAAAUAAAUGAUAAUGAUGAAGAUUUAUUAGUGGCAUUUGGUAUGGAAUGUCCAAAUUGCAAAUAUUACCUAAAGGAGCUGACAAGAAGAAACUACAUGAACUUUUGCUCCUUAAGUGAAUAUAUAAAUGAAGGGGAGAAGGACCUUCUUUUAUUGAAGCAUAAAAAGAUUGAAGAGUUGGAAAAUAGGAAUAAAUUACUAUUACAGAAAAUGGAAAAAUUAAAAAAUGAAAAUAAAUUUUUAAAUAGGAAACUAAAAAAAUUUACGUCGAGCUUAAAUGAAUUGAACUCCAAUUUUAGUAAGUUAAUGGAAGAAAAUAAAUUAUUAAAAGACACAAACAACGACUUAAAUAAGAAGUUAGAAGUAGAUAACUCAUUAAAUUAUACAUUCAAAAAUAAAGGCAAUCAAAAGAGAGCAUCUUCCCCUUAUGAAAAGGAAAAUUUAUUACAAAACGAUUUUGAAAAUUCCAUAGAUAAUGAACUAUUUAACGAGUUUUAUUAA